AUUGUAAACCCGAGUUCAAAAAAAAAAAAGAAAAAAAAAAAAGAGAUGAACUUGGGUUUAAUAGCUAGGGUUGAAUAUAGAGUUAAGUUUAAGAUCGGAUUGAAUGUAAGGUUAGGAUUGGACUCGAUUGAACAUUUUAUAUAUUGAGUUGCUCCAGUUCGCUUGAGUUGCAGCCUAAUUUAAAUCUACCGGGUCUAACAAUUUUCGAGAAAAAAAUGGGGAAGGGGCGGCGCAGAUUAGGCUAAGUUAUUAUACUUACAACUCGCUCGAGUUCCACAGUUAUAGGGAAAAAAAAGGAGAAAGGAAGGGCGGCGUUUGUAAGUCACAAGGCGCGUUGGAGUUUUGUAUGCCUCCCACCCCAACCAAAAAAGGAAAAGAAAAACCUACACCCUUCCCAUCUCUCUCACCCAAAAACUUGCAACAAAAGCUCUAUACCCAUUUUCUCUCACACCCGAAAGCCCUAGAUGCAACAAUGGCAUUAAGCUACUCCCUCUCACACCGAAAAACCCUAGAUGCAACAAUGGCAUUAAGCUACUCCCUCUCACACCGAAAAACCCUAGAUGCAACAAUGGCAUUAAGAGCUCUCAACACAAUCUACUCGAAGCUCCUCUCUCGAAUGGCUGUUUGUUCCCUCCGCACAUUCGCUCCCAUCAACUCCAAUUCCGAAUCAGAUAUUCCAACUAAUAAUUCGGAUUCGGACUUACGUUCAAAACAACUUCCUCAUGCCGAAGGUAAGAAAAACAGAGCAUUCAAUCGAUUUAUGAAAGACGGGUCAACAUUCCCCCGCAAGGUGUUGAACGACGACGAGAAAUAUGCGAGGAUGGACAUGCCGGUGACCCGGAAGCAAGGGCUGAAACUGUUGGUUGCAGACAACUCUCUGAAUGCCUUGGAAGAGGUGGAUGAUGAUCCUCUGUCCGUGGAGGAGUACCGAAUGAGUUACUUCGGCAACAUCGAUCUUCCUCAGAGCCUCUACAAGAUGGGAAAUAUCGUAACCGAGCUCAAGGACAUUGCGUUUAGCUUGAAACCGCAAAUGAUGAUGAGGAACACUUGUGACAGCCGGCGAUGGUUUACGAGUCGUACUGAUUCAGUUAGUGAUGCAGCCAAUGUUGAGAGUAAUGCCUUUUCUACUAAUGCAGCUGGUAAUGCCUUUUCUACUAAUGUAUCUGGUAAUGCAAUCCACGGUGAAGGCCCAGGAAUCCUUAAUCGUAUGGUGCGUGCCAUUUACAUCAAGGAAGGAAAUUUUCCAAACAUUGACAAUUUUAUUGCAAGUUCUGUAUCUUAUAUCAACGAAGGAAAUUUUAAAAGCAUCCACAAUUGCAUCCCCAAUUUAGUCGUUUUUUGUGGACCCCAACAACUUUUUUUCGAACAGAAGCACAACAUUAUAUUAGAAAAUUAUGGGUUGUUCAAAAAGGGCAACACUGAUUGGCAUGUGGCUGGGGUUUCCAAGACGAGAUAUAUCUCAAUAGAUGACUUCAUGUCGUUAAUUCUAUGGAUUCCUAAAAAGUACAAAAAAAGGAUUUAUAAUUACCUGUUUAAUCAGCAAAUUUAUGUUUUGGAGAGUUCUCCAAUGACACUAUUAAAAUACUCAGUACUCUGUUCUUGGAGAGCACCAGUCGAUGGACAAUACAAGUUAAAUGUUUCUGUGUUUUUUAAGAAAAAUCUUGGUGGGACCAAGGAAGCUUUUUGUGGAGAAGUAUUAAGAGAUUGUAGGGGAAGGAUUUUGGAAAUUUUCUAUAAGCCAUUUCCAGAUGCAACAUCUAGAGAUGAAGUAUUCUUACUUGGAGUGCUUCAUGGGAUAGAUGAAAUUCUUAAAAGGAGAUCGGAAGCAAAGUAUAUAUUAUUGGAGAUUAACCAUAAAAAAAUUGUCAAGGUGCUAAAUCGUGAGAAGGAUAGACCAAUUGAAUGUCUUGGACUUUAUCACAAAAUUUUUGGUUUGUUAGAAUUUGAUAAACAUGAUAUAUUGUUUCAAUAUUCUCAAGGAAACACGGUAGCUAAUAGAGUUGCGUAUAUAGCUUCGCAUCUGACCGUGGGACAGAGUUUUCCCAUAGGCGAUAGAGGUUUUGAAACAGAAGUCAGGUAUGAUCGAUUGAAUAUUCCACGAUAUGAGAUCGUCCCGAAAGAAAGGAUUGAAGUUGAAGAAUCGUCUGAGGAGGAAUCAUCCGAUGAGGAAUCGUCCAAUGAGGAAUUUGAAGUCAGGUUUUAGGGGCACCAUGGUAUUUGCUGUCGGUGGACUGGUAUGUAUCGUGCUGGAAAUCAUAUUGCAAAAAAGAUUUUAGCCCUACAAAAUGCCUUCUUAAUUAUUUGGAAAAUUGGAAUGUGACGCUCUUGACCAUGAUGAGGAUUGCAAGAAUUGGGCCAGUAGUACAAACGUUUUUAAGAGUUGGAUCCUGACAAUCAUGAUCACUUUCAAGUAUGUAAUAUUUUAAAAAUGCAGUGACAAAGUUUCCUGAAAGAGUCAAAGUUUCUUGAAAAGUCGGCUGGGUUUCCAGAACUUUAGGAAUGUUUUCUCCAAUUUUUUAUUACUUGUAUCCACAAACAACGAGGUUGUCUUUAUUUCAUUAUUAGCAAUUAGCAUCAGUUCUGUAUCCAUUUUGAAAGUAAUAAUUCUCGUUCCAUAAAACUUAAAUGUGGAACGUCCCAAUGUAAAUUUGCAUAACAAUUAUCAUAUUAGGUGUCAUCCAGCAUGAAUAAUAGGCUAAUUAUUUGUUUGUAUCU